AUGGCACCAUCACAUCUCCCCCUCUUCGGCGGCUCCCGAGCCUGGAACCCCUCAGAUUGGACCACCUCCGAUGACCGCGUCCGCGGUGGCUCCUCAAUCUCAGCCCUAACCUGCUCUGCAUCCUCCCUAACGGCAAUCUUCCACGGAAGCCUAGACAUAAAAACCCUAGGCGGUGCAGGCUUCGCCUCCCAACGCACAUCAGGCGAAUCUCGAACCUGGGAUCUUUCAGCCUACGACGGGAUAGAACUUGUUCUUGAUGAGCGCCAAACGGACGGGAAGGUUUAUACUCUUACGUUGAAGGAUGAGGUUCUUCCCAAGCGGCCUGAUGGACGGGAACAGAGUACCGUUAGCUGGGAGUAUGAUUUUAAAGCUACGGAGGGGAAGAUUUUGAUGAAGUUUGCGGAUUUUAGAGCGACUUAUCGGGGGCGGGAAAGAGAUGAUGUUGCGGAGUUAAAUUUGAGGAAUAUUAAGAGGUUUGGUAUUAUGAUGAGGAGUUUCUUUGGGGAUCAGGAAGGUCCGUUCGAAUUGGGGAUUGUUUCUAUUUCCGCAGUGCGAAACGAGAAGCAGAUUCAUCCCCAUGAGGAGGAUGAGGAGGAGGAGGAGGAGGAGGUUUUUGAUGAGAAAUUGGUUGCCUGGGGGCGGGAGAGGCGGUCUGGGUGGUUCUCGUGGUUGAGUUCUUGUCUUGGAUGUUGGUCUUGA